AUGUCAUAUGGAACAGAUCUGCGAAAUCUCUCAAUCCUUGCGUCAGCUGGAAAAGCUGCUAGUGCUGGAGAGAUACCUCAGAAAGCACACUACUCCCCACCAUGGGCCGACAUGAGCAUUAUUGGAAUAGCUGGAUCUUCCGGUUCGGGCAAAACAAGUUUGGCCGUGGAAAUCGUGCAAUCUCUGAAUCUCCCUUGGGUCAUCAUCUUGUCUAUCGAUUCAUUCUACAAGUCGUUAACUCCGGGACAAAAUGCGAUGGCGCAUCGCAAUGAGUACGACCUGGACUCGCCUGAAUCCAUCGAUUUUGAUCUCCUCGUGGAGAAACUGAUAGACCUGAAACAAGGGAAAAGAACAGACAUACCAAUCUACUCGUUUCAACAACAUCAGAGGUUAGACAAGACCGUUUCGAUAUAUUCACCGCACGUUGUGCUUCUCGAGGGCAUCCUAGCUUUACACGAUCCCCGCGUACUCGACUUAUUGGACAUGAAGAUCUUCGUCGAAGCCGACCCAGAUGUGUGUCUGUCGAGGCGGAUCGUCCGUGAUGUCAGAGAGCGCGGUCGAACCAUUGAAGGGGUCAUCAAGCAGUGGUUUAGAUACGUCAAGCCCGUCUUCCAGAAAUACGUCGAUCCACAAAGAGAGAUUGCCGACGUCAUAGUACCCCGAGGUAUGCAGAACAAAAUGGCCAUUCAGAUGAUUGUCAACCAGACCAGACAGAUCUUGAAGGAGAAGUCCAUCAGGCAUAACGCAGAGUUAGAGAAACUGGGCCAGCACAGUGAAGAUUACACCUUCUCCGAAAACGUCAUGGUCCUCGGCGAAACACCACAAGUCGUCGGAGUAUCAACAAUUCUGCGAAACCCAAUAACUGACCAGGUCGAUUUCGUCUUCUACUUUGACAGGCUGACAGCGCUCUUGAUCGAGAAAGCUCUCGAUUGCCACCACUAUGUCGCGAUGAACAUAAUAACUGCAACAGGCUGUAAAUAUUCUGGACUCAAAUCGGCUGGCAUAGUCUCUGCUGUGGUCAUUCUUCGAGGCGGAAGCUGUAUGGAGACCGGCCUCAAGCGAACGAUUCCAGAUUGUCUCACGGGCCGACUACUUAUCCAAUCCAACAUGCGCACCGGUGAACCAGAACUGCACUACCUCAAGCUCUUUCCUGAUCUUGCUGAGCAUGAAACAAUUAUGCUUCUUGAUCCGCAGAUGUCCAGCGGUGGAGCUGCUCUGAUGGCUGUCAAGGUUUUGGUUGAUCACGGCGCAGCCGAGGAAAAGAUCGUUUUCGUCACAUGCCUGGCUGGGCGACGGGGUCUGAAAAGGUUGAUGACGGUUUUCCCCAAGAUCAAGGUGGUGGUUGCCAGAAUUGUCGAGGACAAUGAGAAGAGGUGGAUGGAAGAGAGAUAUUUUGGCUGUUAG